GUUGGAUAUGUUAUUGCGGAGAAUUCCCGGUAAGAAAUCCAUCCCUCUGUUACUGAAACCUGAUCUUUCUUCUUUUUAACCCGAUUAACUAUGGUUAAAUUGCCCUACAGUGGCAUCGCAUGAACGAAAGACAGAGAACAAGAAUUCCGGGUUGUGAUUGGCGAUCCUCGCAAUUUGCCAUCCGCAUGCCAUUCAUUAGGUAACUCGUUAUCCUCAACACAUCUGAACCCGCUGGUCCCUAUCGCGCCCCAUACGGCCGACCACAGUCGAUUGGCUAUCUACCGAGCGCUCAGCAUCAUCAUCUCCGUAUCCGCCGCUCACCUAUCCCUUGUCGAUCACCUAUAUAACUUCCUCACAUCACGAGUCUAUCUCUUCCGACGAAGAUCAAGGGUGCAAACGCUAGCGGAGCUCUGGGGAUCUGCGCUUCUCUACCCACAUACGCCCCGUGCAUGGGUAUCUAGAAGCUGCCCUUUUUCUCCGAGUAGAGCGGCGCAACUCAAGAUUCGUUCACAAUGAAUACAAAUACUACCAGGCCGUUUCGGGCCCACAACUUGGCCUUGUGCCUGAUCCUCUUCGUGUCUAAUGCCUGGGCGUUUUACAUCCCUGGAUACUCGGUCACCCGAUACAACGACGACCAAUCGAUCCCCCUGCUCGUGAACAAGAUUUUUUCCGACCACACCCAGCUUCAAUAUGCGUAUUUCGACCUCCCAUUCGUCUGCCCCCCGAGCGGCCGCACCCACGGCGGAUCCCCAUUUGGAUCUGGCCAGAGUAUCUCGCUCAACCUGGGCGAAGUUCUGCGGGGAGAUCGCAUCAUGACAUCUGACUUCGAGCUCGUCAUGGGUAAAGAUGUGGAAUGCCGGUCUCUUUGCACUGCGCAAGUGAGCCGUUCAGAUGUCAAGUGGGCACGCCAAUUGAUCAAGGAAAACUACGUGAUUGAGUGGAUCGUUGAUAACCUUCCCGGAGCCACGAGCUUUGUGACCGUCGACCGCAGCCGCAAGUACUAUGCGUCCGGAUUUAAGUUGGGCUACCGUGAUAUUUCUCCGGCUACCGGCCAGUCGCGCUACUUCAUCAACAACCAUUUCACCAUCGUCAUCCGCUGGCGGAGUGCGCCGGAGGGAGGCAAGGUUAUCGUCGGGUUCGAGGUCUACCCCAAGAGCAUCUCUGCGGAUGACCGCAAGGAGGACGGCUGUCCCAAGGCCGUGCACAAGGACCAAGAAGGUCUGGGUCUGUAUAUCGCGCCCAACAUGUCGCGCCUACGCGAGAAGUACGGUGGACUGUCGUAUAUUCCAGAGGACGACGACGAUGACGAUGGUGCCACGCUGGAAAUCCCCUACACCUACUCUGUGUAUUUCCGAGAGGAGACCAAGGUCGAAUGGACCAACCGCUGGGACUUGUACUUCACCAACCAGGGAGAGGGCUCAAUGACUCACUGGCUGGCGAUCAUCAACUCUCUGACUAUCUCCACAGUAUUGGGCGUGACUGUCUUCGUCAUCUGGAGUCGCACCGUCCAAGGUGAUAUCAAGGGCCGUGGUGACGGUGCCAUGGAGGACCGCAAGUUGAAGGUGCAAUCUCGUCGUAAGCGCUCUGGUGAGAAGAAGAGCGAGGGGCUGUUGGACAACGCAGAUGUUGAGCACGAUGCGGAUAUGUCGUCAGAUGACGAGCCGUUUGAAGACACCAGCGGAUGGAAACUCCUCCAUGGUGAUGUUUUCCGUGUUCCAGCUUACAGUGGCCUUCUCGCUCCCCUGGUGGGAUCCGGCAUGCAGCUCUUGUUCAUGGCUACAGGCCUGCUGGUGCUAUCUUGCCUGGGUAUAUUGAACCCCAGCUUCCGUGGUGGCUUCGUCAGCGUCGGCAUGGGUCUGUUUGUGUUUGCCGGAGUCUUCUCUGGUUACUUUUCCGGACGCCUGUAUAAGACCUUUGGUGGAUCUGGCUGGCGGAAGAACACUCUGAUCACGGCUCUUCUCUUCCCUGGUCUGACCUUCUGCCUUGUUCUGAUUCUAAACCUCUUUGUUUGGGCUCAAGCAUCCAGCACGGCAAUCCCAUUCGGCACUCUCAUUGGCCUUCUUGCUCUCUGGCUGCUCAUUCAAGUACCCCUCGUUUACAUCGGUAGCUGGGUGGGCUAUGUGCGGGCGAAACCCUGGGAGCAUCCCUUGAAGACCAAUGCCAUUCCUCGCCAAAUCCCACCCCUGCCCUGGUACCUGCGUAGCCCCGCAGGUCCCCUGCUGACCGGUCUGAUACCCUUCGCUGUUCUCUUUAUUGAGCUGCUCUUCGUGUUCAAGAACCUAUGGCAGGACAAGAGUGGCUACUACUAUGUGUUUGGCUUCCUCAGUGUCGUCUCUGUCGUACUUCUUGUGACGGUUGUCGAAGUGACCGUCAUUGCCACCUACAGUCAGCUCUGCUCUGAGAACUAUCACUGGUGGUGGCAAAGCUUCCUCACUGGUGGAAGCAGCGCCUUUUGGAUCUUCGCCUACUGCAUUUGGUAUUACAUGUUCAAGCUACACAUCACUGGUUUUGUCUCUACGUUGCUGUUCUUCAGCUACAGCUUCCUCGCCUGCGCUGUAUAUGGUCUGUUGACUGGUACCGUCGGCUUCUUGGCCGCCUACACCUUUGUCCGUCGUGUCUACAGUGCUAUCAAGGUGGACUAACCAAGUCAUUCAUCCUCAAAUUUCCCCAGCCAGUCCACUCGGCGACUGGCCACUUCUUCUUAUCAAUUCUCUCAUUCCUCCAAAUCUCUUAUGAUUAAUCUACCCUCAAGCAUUGGUGAUGUUUUCCUACCACCGCGGCGUCCUUUCUUGAAUUGCAUGUCUCGACUCCCAUUAUGUUCAGACACACCUUCCUUCCUUCCAGAUACACGACUUCCAUCUUAUUUACUUUCUAUCUGUCACAUUCAUCUGUGUCCCUUUGUGUCUAUUUGUGUCUAUUUAAGUUGUGUCAUCAUACAACAAAGCCAGAAGAUGCUGCAUUCACGGUUGGCUGGCCGACCCCA